GAGAGAGAGAGAGAGAGAGAGAUCAAAUUAGGGUUUUCGAAAUCCCCAGAGAAAUUGGUUCCCUCAAGGUUAGUGAGCGGGUAAAUUUUCCCCUUUCUUGUUUGAUUUUAACCUCAAUUUUAACUGAGACGAUUGGAAAGGAAUGAAACUGAGCAUGUUUGAUCUGGUAACCAUCAUGAUGAUGAUGAUGAUUGUGUGUGAGAAAGAGGUGUGCUUAUUAUGUGCAGGGAGCGAGUGUGUGAGAUUUGAGAGAGGUAGGGAGUGUUUAGAGCAGCCAAAGCUUUCUCCUUUUUUUCAAUUCUAGGGUUUCUCUCUCUGCACCACAUCAUGGACCGGAAGCUCGUGGUUUUGGGCAUUCCAUGGGACAUUGAUACAGAAGGGUUGAGAGAGUAUAUGUGCAAAUAUGGGGAAUUGGAGGACUGUAUUGUGAUGAAGGAGCGGUCAAGUGGCCGGUCUCGUGGAUUUGGAUAUGUAACGUUUGCGUCAGCUGAAGAUGCCAAGAGUGUGGCAUCAAGUGAACAUUUUCUUGGUAAUAGAAUGCUGGAAGUUAAAGUGGCUACCCCAAAGGAAGAGAUGAGAACACCUGCAAGAAAAGUUACCAGGAUAUUUGUUGCAAGGAUCCCACAAUCUGUUACAGAAGCAAACUUUCGGAGUCAUUUUGGGAAAUAUGGAGAGAUAACAGAUCUAUACAUGCCAAAGGAUCAAGGCUCAAAAAUGCAUCGAGGAAUUGGGUUUAUAACCUUUGAAAAUGCAGACUCUGUGGAAAAUUUGAUGGCUGAUACUCAUGAGUUGGGAGGUUCCAAUGUAGUUGUUGAUCGAGCAACACCCAAGGAGGAUGACUUCAAACCAGUGGGCAGAAUGCCUCCACAGCAGGGUGGAGGAUAUGGUGCAUAUAAUGCAUAUAUCUCAGCAGCUACUAGAUAUGCAGCCCUUGGUGCUCCGACCUUGUAUGAUCAUCCACCUCAUCCAGGGCCUGUAUAUGGAAGAGGGGAGUCUGCUCGAGGGUUGAGCAAAAAGAUUUUUGUUGGCAGGCUUCCUCAGGAGGCAAAUGCUGACGAUCUCCGCCAGUAUUUUGGUAGAUUUGGCCGUAUAUUGGAUGUCUAUGUUCCCAAAGAUCCCAAAAGAACUGGCCAUAGAGGAUUUGGUUUUGUAACCUUUGGGGAAGAUGGUGUAGCAGAUCGUGUAUCACGAAGAUCUCAUGAGAUCUGUGGUCAGCAGGUUGCAAUAGACACUGCCACACCUCUUGAUGAAGCUGGUACAAGUGGAAACUUUACGGUGAACAAUGUAGAACCCUAUGGUGGAUAUGGUGGACCUAUGCGCCCCUAUGGCAGGAUGUAUGGCAGUCUUGAUUUUGAUGAUUGGGGUUAUAGGAUGGGCGGUGGCGGUGGUGGUGGGAGACCAUCAAGAGCAGAUUGGAGGUACAGGCCAUACUAGAAAUGUCUCGUGUAUUUUAAAGAAAGUGCCAAGCUGAGUUGUUAAUUGAAUUGUAUAAGAUUUAAGGAUUCUAUCCUUUGGUUACUUACAUAAUACUUGAUUCAUCUUCUGAACUUUAUUUUUAAGCAGUAUUAACCAGUAGAAACAUAGGUAGGUAGCUGGGAGUGGAAAAGUACUGGUUGAGGACCAUCUUUUGUGUAGAAAUCACUGUUACCAAGUUUGUAUGGUAAUGCCAGUUUCAUUGACCAGCUCAGUUUUUGUUUGUUAAAUUCCCGACCUUAA